GGAUUCUGCCUUUUCCAUUAUUAUUGCUGCGCAUUCUACCUCUCUGGUUGCUUUUCAUUACAGCACGGCAGCAGCAGCUUCCUUCUAUUAAUGGGCUGCAUAUUGUUAUGGAUCCAACUCAAUGGGCUUCAAUCUCAGCUCUUAGAAUGGGCUUCAUUCAUGGCCCUCAUCCUCCACUUCCACAAUCCAAUAAAGGCACCUGGGAACCAACAACUCUCCAAUUUUCAGAAAUUUCUACUAAUGUCCCAAUCAGUACGCCUCAACCUCCAUGUGAAGUCCUUGUGCUGGUAGUGGAUCCCUUCUGAAAACACUUUCUCCCCCAGUGCCACUGCCAGCGCCAGCGCGGCCCAUCGUCUCGUUUGAUGAAGCUCUUCUCUAUUUCUUCCUCACUCAGUUCGCGCGCAUAUUCCUUCUGUCGAAUGAUUCAAAGCCAGCUCUUCGCUACUGCACCUCCUCGAACCCGAUUCUCAAAAAAUGGGUCCGUUUCUGCCUCUCUGUAUCGUAGAAUCUCACCCAUGGGUGACCCCAGUGUUUCGGUGGUGCCCGCUCUUGACCGGUGGAUUGGAGAAGGAAAUACUGCAUGCAGAGACGAGCUUUAUGGAAUUAUCAAAGAAUUGACAGCUUAUAGAAGAUUCAAUCACGCCCUUGAGGUAUCCCUCUGGAUGACUAAUAAAAGACACUUGUGCAUAGCUCCUUUUGAUGUUGCUUUAAGAUUGAAAUUGAUAUUCAAAAUUUUUGGCUUGGAAGAAGUUGAGAAUUACUUCAAUAAGAUCCCAGAAAAUUUAAAAUCGCAUCAUGUCUAUCUUGCCCUGCUUAACUGCUUUACCAUUGCUAAAUCUGUGGAUAAAGCAGAAUCCAUUAUGCAGAAAGCUAGAGAUUUGGGGUAUGCCACUAAACCAAUAUGGUACAACCUUAUGAUGAAUCUACAUUACCAAUUAGGAAACAGGGAAAAGCUGGCUGAUCUAUUGAUUGAAAUGGAAGGAAACAACAUCCCUUAUGACCACUUCACACACUCUGUCCGCCUAAAUGCAUGUGCUAUGGCUUCUGAUGCUUUGGGAAUGGAUAAAAUUUUGAAGAAUAUGGAAUCCAAUCCACAGGUUGUUGUGCAUUGGCGAACAUAUGUUAUUGCAGCAGAAGGUUACUUGAGAAUGGGCUUAAUUGAUAAAGGUUUGGUAAUAGUGAAGAAGUUGGAGGAGCAAUUAACUAACGUUAAGAAAAAGAGCAUUUUGUUCGUUUUCCUCUUCAAACUAUGUGCUGAAGCUGGAAAGAAGGCUGAAUUGUACCGAAUCUGGAAUCUGUUCAAGAGAGAAGGUGUGGUUGUUAAUAAAGUUUACAUUGGCAUGCUGCGGUCACUUAAGAAGCUUGAUGACAUUGAAGGAAUGGAGAAGAUCUUUCAGGAGUGGGAAUCAGGUGUAUUGUUCUUUGAUUUCCGGAUUCCCAACUUCUUGAUUGAUGCUUAUUGUAGAGAUGGUCAUUUGGAGAAGGCUGAAGCCCUAUUAACCAAGGGAAUAUCAAGAGGUGGUGAACCACUGGUGACAACGUGGUGUCAUUUGGCCGGAGGAUAUCUCAAAAAGAAUCAAGUUCCUGAGGCUGUGGAAGCGUUAAAGAAGGCAAUCUCAGCAUGCCCUGCUAGAUUUAUGGCUUGGAAAAAUUCCUUGACCACUUGCUUGAGAUAUUUGGAAAAUGGGGAUUGUAUGGAUAAGGCGGAGGAUAUAAUAAAUUUUAUAAGGAUGUGGGGUUUCCAAGGGGGUGCUGGUUCAGAUGGCUUGUGCAGUUUGUUUAACAAUGGGGAAUUACAAUACUUUGGAGAAGACCAAAAUAUCCAAAGGAAUGUUUGUGAAGAUGAAGAAUUACAUGAUAAUGGAAACCUCAACCCAGAGCGGGAGCCAAGCAGGCGUCACUUGUCUGGAUGAUUGAUUUAACAGAAUAAACUUAUACAGUUUAUAUUUAGAUGUCAGCUUCUAUGCUACCACAUGCAAGUUGAGAUGUUAUAAUGUUGGCGAAACACUUGUGAACUUUGCACCAAGAUCAAAAUAUAUUAUCUGACUUAGUUGUUUGUUCUGGUGGAUCUCCUGUCUGGAAUAUUGGGAAAAA